AUGGUUGACGAUGAAGUCGCCAAGAAGGCCUUGGCUGAUGCCGAGGCUGCUGCUAUCGGCACCGCGUUGGCCUGGCCAACCGGAGGCACCGUCAUGCCCAGCACGCUCGCCUUCACGCCCACCAUGUACCCGAUGGCUACCUGCUCACGCGCCAGGGUGUAUGCCAACAACACGCUCAUCAGGAACCCCGCCGCUAGCCACGACACGUGUCGCCGGCGCCCGCGCGGGAGCAAGGCGGCUUACGCUGUGGCCGCUGGUAGCACAGACAGGGGAAGGCCGAGGACGGUGUUAGCGAGGAGGAUCGCGUGGCCGUCCCUAUUGUGGUGGCGCGAGGAGGUUGUCGUCGGGAUGUGCGAGGUCCAGGUCGUGGCAAGGAGCACGGGCGCCAGCGUGGUGGACGCCACGGCGCAGGGACGUGACCAGCGGUGCGCGGCGAUGUUCGGGAUGGUCAGGCGCCAUGGGAGGUACAUCGGCAUGCGGAAGGCGCACACAAGCUAAUGCAAGCAGAGUGCUAUUGUGGAGCUUGGCGCGGUCUUAGAGGAGGAGGACGGCAGCGGACGAACGAUGUCCUCAUAUUCGUCGUCGAGGAGGAGCAGUGCGACGAGGUCGAGGUGCGACGGCUUGCCCGGCUCGGCGCAACACUCUGAGGUCCAGACGAGGACGAGGUAGGCGAUGUAGAGCGAGACGCCGCCCUGCCCGCCCGCGCCCUCGCCACCUCGCCGGCGCCGGCGCCCUGCCCUCCGUCUGCUGUUGUUGCUGAAAGCUCCAGCGUGACCUCCAGCGUGACCUCCAGCGUGACAUGUUGCUGCUGUUGCAUGUGAGCAUGACGACGAGGGACGGACGUGUGGCCGGUGGGCAGUGGCGGGGCAUCCAUGGUCGGCAUGCGUCUGCAUCUUGUGCCGGCGAGUGGAGCUAAG